CUUGCAUAUGAACCAGCCUCGAUCCCGAAAAUAUCAAGAUGGAAGCCGUGUUUUCGCGAUCGGUGCAGAUAUUUACGCCAACAUGCACCCACGUGCGUGGCAUGGCUACACUGAAGGACAUUCGUAUCAGACUGAAAUCUGUUACCAACAUCCAAAAAAUUACAAAGUCCAUGAAGAUGGUGUCAGCUGCCAAAUAUGCUCGGGCUGAACGUGAGCUUAGACCUGCUAGACCGUAUGGCAAGGGAACACAGUCCUUUUACGAUCGGGCAGAGGUUACACAAGAUGACAGUAAACCCAACCAUUUAAUUGUGUCUAUGACAUCUGACCGUGGUUUGUGUGGUGGUAUCCAUUCAAAUGUUGUUAAAGCCAUUAAAGCAGAAAUUGCAGAAAAGAAGCCGGGUGUUAACUUUAAGAUAGUUUGUAUAGGCGAUAAAACAAAACUUGUUUUACAAAGAUUGUUUAAUCAGAAUAUGUUCUAUUCUUUUAACAAUGUUGGUAAAACUCCACCCACAUUUGCUGAUGCUAGUUUCAUCGCAAAAACAAUCAUGGAAUCUGGAUACAAGUAUGACUUUGGAACAAUGUAUUUCAACGUUUUCAAGAGUGUUGUUUCAUAUAACACAACAGCUCAACCAAUUUUUUCGGAAGAGUCUGUAGCUACUGCAGAGAAAUUAACAUUGUACGACAGUAUAGAUGAAGAUGUUUUAAAAAGCUACAAUGAAUUUGCUUUAGCUAGCCUCGUUUAUUAUGGUUUAAAGGAAGGUGCUUGUAGUGAACAGAGCAGUAGAAUGACUGCCAUGGAGGGAGCCAGUAAGAAUGCCGGGGAGAUGAUUGACAAACUACAGAUGACUUAUAACAGAACUCGACAAGCCGUCAUUACUAGAGAACUUAUUGAAAUUAUUUCUGGUGCUGCUGCUCUUUAAUGUAUCAAGAUAUAUAUAGUCAAUGUUAAUACUGGAUAAUUAUAUCUAUUAAUUUAGUCUAGAUUGUCACACACAAGGACGAUAUACUAGACUUAAAAGAGUGCUCUGUACAAAAACUAUUAUAAAUUUAGAAAAUUGAAAAAAAGAAAUGUUGAAAUUGGAAAAUAAAAAAAAAAGUUGCAAGUA